AUGUCUUCCGAUAACAACAACAACCAACAGCCCGGCCUUGUCGCUGGCCACGCCGAGUACAUCAAAGGCGCUGCGGAGGCUGCAAUUGGCAACAUCACGGGCUCCCACGCCUGGCAAUCCUCAGGCGAGCAGGAUAAGGCGCACGCUGCAUCCACGAUGAAGGCUGCAGGCCAGCAGCGCGACGCAUCAGCACAGGGGUAUGGCAAGGCCGAGGAGACGGCGGGCAAGGUAUUUGGGUGUGACGGGAUGAAGGCUGAGGGCGCGGCGAGCAAAGCACCCGAGGUUGAGGAUAACCGCGAGAUCAGAAGGGCGUGA